AUGAAGUUCCUACCUCUUCGCGACUUCGACGUCGUCGCCAGCGCGCUCAACUUCGACACACCCGAUUGUCACGUUACUGGCGGCUGCGAUCUGUACACGACCAAAGCCGCAGGCUCCGACAAGAAGCUCUACAAGAAUAUUGACAAAUCGCUAGAAACACAACAUGCCGCCCUGCUCAAGUUCGGGUCCAGCUUGUCCCCUCCCCAGCGCACAAACCUCAAUCUGUCCCGGUCAAGUCCGUUCGGCCCUCUUUCCGACAUCUCAAGUCGCAGGACAUUCGCAUACCUCAUCGCCACACUGAACGCGUCACAUCCGGACUAUGAUUUCAGUCAUGUCCUGCGGCCCGCCGACUUCAAGCGCGAGCGCAUGUUGAGGAAAGUGGUCGCCAAUCUCGACACGACCCUGCAUAGCGCGCGGCCCAACGCUCCGUCCACCACCGAAUUCCCCAUGACCUCAUUACUCCCUCCCAGUAAGAGGACCAAGGCUGCUGCCGCUGACACGGGGUCGUCGCCCCCGGCCGUGUCCGGCACGGAGUCUCCACCAUGGGGCCCCCACAUGUGGGCCUUGAUCGAUAAGGAGAUGACUCUCAAGGAGUGCACCGUCUUCUCGUACCAACCGAGCUCGAAUCCGUUCGAUGAGGAAGCUGCCGCCAUUUGGAGCCUGCACUAUUUCUUUUUCAACAGGGAUCGCAAGCGCGUCGCGUAUCUCUACGUACGGGGUGUGCCCGUGGUUUCACAUAGCUACAACCCACCCUCACCGCUCCGUCAUCGCCAGCGGAGCGGCGCCAUGUCGCUCACACCCUCGUCAUCAACGGGUGACCUGCGCAAGCGCAGGCAGCUGCAGUUCGAGGACGCCGGCGCAAACAAGCGCGCCAGGUACUGGCUAGGCGAUCGCGAGGCCGAGCGGAUACCGACCAGCGACGACGAGGACGAUUACGCGGACGACGGGCUCUCGUGGAACCGCGACAAGGACGGCGUGCUCGAGCUUGACGAGUUCGCGGGCAGCUACGAGGACUAUAACGACGAUGAUUUCAGCGACGACCUCAGCGACGAGGCCUCCGAGGACGACCAUGGCGAUGAGCAUGAGACAAGUCCGAGGCUCAGCGCGUUGCGCGGCAUGAGUGAGGAUAUCGCGGGAAGAAUGGAGAUCGAGUAG